GAAAUAAAAAGCCCAAACCUUUCAAAGACGCCCCCUGUAGUUCAGCAACCAUAAACAUGAUUAAAAAUGGCGAAGCGAAAAUCUAGAAGAAGGUGUUCUGCGCUACAUUGCAAAAACAGUUCUGCAAAGAACCCAGAUUUGUCAUUCUACAGGUUUCCUAAAGACAAAGAAAGAAGUGCAAGAUGGAUUCAAAACACAGGGCGAAAGGACUUGCUGAAGAGAACUCCAGACUACCUGUAUACAAAUUACCGGAUCUGCUCUCAUCACUUCGAGCCAGGCAAGAUCCUCCCCACUGGCCGACUUGUGUGGAAUGCUGUCCCAACGAUAUUCCAUUCAGGCAUGUCCAAGCCCAGAGAAAUAGACCAAGUAUCAAGGACACACGCAGUGGUAAUGCAGAAUGCAUCAAGACAGGAUGAAAAUAACGACAACUCACUAAAGACGUACUCAAAAAUUAUUCAAGCUCGGGCAGAGAUACAGAAACGGCACACAUAUGCCAAACCUGCAACAUGGCUAUCAACACAAGUGCCACUAGCUUAUCUGAACCAGGAGCCUGAUGCAGUGAAUUAUCAAGCAGCACCAGGGCCAAUGCUAUAUACAGGUCCAGCAGAGGAUGGAAGAGCACAUGUUAACAAGGUCACACAGUCUUCUAGUGAACUACAGCAGAUAGAGAGACUCAGGACUCAAGUCCUACACUUGCAGGCGAGUUUAGUUCGGGCAAAAAACCAAGCCCUUAAUUGCAGAUGCAGCAGAAGUGCAUCAAGUGAGGAAGCUCUGAUUUACCAACGGCAGACGAAAGCAACGGAAAUGCAGACCGGCGGCAAGAAGAAGAGAACAAAAGCUCAAUGUUUAGCAACUGAGCGAGUCAGGGUUCACAGACUUCGUAAAAAGGUAGCGCAGUUGCAGGCACGCCUGAAAGAGACCAAAAAGGACCCCAGCUCAGUGGAGUGUAUAGUGGAGAAGGCCAGCGAGUACCUCAGUGGAACAGCGUUGCAGUUUUUUGCCAGCCAGCUGCGCAUAGCUAAGAGGCGGGCUCAGGGGCGACGCUACUCCCAACAGGACAAGCACUUUGCAUGGAGCCUCUAUCAGCAGAACCCCAUGGCCUACAAAUUCUGCCGGAAAAUAUUUGCACUACCAACUGCACUUUACCUCAGGAGAGUAAAAAUGCGGCCGAAAGUCACUGACGCAUCACCGGAGGGGCUUAGGGCAACACCUUGUGAGAAGAAUGCAGUCCAGACAGCCACCUGUGAGGCUGGACCAUUGUCAGCAUCAUCAGAGAAGGAUCCAGGGUUGCAAUAAAAAACCAAGAACCAUCUGAUGUUGAAUAAAUUCAGUAGAAAUUGAUUUAAUUUCCAAUUUCUUCCUUCUCAACUGUUACCAGUGGCAUAUCCAGCAUUUACAAAGACAGGGGUGGGUUUACUAAAACAAAUGGGUACACGAAAUGGAGGUCAAACCCCACCGUACAAGUGGCACAUUGCUUUUUUUUAUGUAGAACUAAAUUUCUGCUGUGAAUGCAAUUAAGUAACCAGGUCAGAACAGAAAGAAACGGAAGAAAUGUAUUUCCCACUGAAAAAAUCUAAAAGAUUGUUGGAGGGAGAGGGGAAAAGGGCAACAACACCCUCUCUAUCAGGGUCAAUUCUUGAAUGCACCUGUUCAACCUGAGAAAGUUAGUUUGUGAGCUGUACAUUCUAAGUGAAAAGCUUUAGCUUGUAAGAAUCCCUAUUCUGGCUGGGAACAAAAAAACGAAUACAUGUAAUGAAACAAGCGACAUUUGCCACAUCGUCGGAUGAUAUGCUGGAUGAGAUGUCCCAGUGCUCAAACAAUAUGUGUUCAUUAUUUCAAAAAUCAUUCGGAGGAUGAUUUGUAUUCUUUAUUUGUCCACAUCUUUGUUCUUUGACUGACAAAACAUGUUGUUGAUAUUGGAAACAAAUUCGUCAUUUUGUACUCCCUCAUUCAGAUUUUUGGUUGUGGUUUGAUUUUGGGGGGAAUCGUCAUCUGCCUUAUUGGUCUGGGCGAGACAAACAUCUUGUCAUCCCAAACCUUGUCAUGGUCUUCAUUGUGUAACCAUUGUUAUUUGGAGAAAUAAAAAUUGAAACAAGACAUGAA